CUUGACAUUCUCGCGGUAUCUUGGAGCUGAUCUAAUGAGAACGGAAAUGAAUGGUCUUUCUUUUUCCGGUGCCCACAAUAGUUGGAUUGCCGGGCUUGGGUUGUUGAACCAUCAUGAAGUUCAACCCUUUUGUAUCAUCGGACCGUAGCAAGAACCGUAAGAGACAUUUCAAUGCACCCUCUCACGUACGUAGGAAAAUUAUGUCUUCUCCCUUGUCUAAGGAGCUGAGGGCUAAAUACAAUGUUCGCUCAAUGCCCAUCCGAAAGGACGAUGAAGUUCAGGUGACUAUUCCUCUUCCUGGAAUUAGUGCUGCUGCUCAGUAUGACUUUUCUGGUUUCUGUUUUGUCUUAGUCGUGAUCACUAGACUAAAGUUGGACAAAGAUCGCAAGAAGAUCCUUGAACGCAAAGCCAAAUCACGCCAAGUUGGGAAAGAGAAGGGAAAAUAUAAAGAAGAAACAAUUGAAAAGAUGCAAGAAUAAAGUUGUUUUUGAGGCUGCUAAUAAAGACUCUAAAAAGAA